UAGCAGCUGGCCGAAGCCAACGGGAGAAGAAACGUUCUUACAAAGACUUUUUAAGAGAAGAGGAAGAAAUCGCUGCUCAGGUCAGGAAUUCUUCCAAGAAGAAGUUAAAGUCAGAAGUCAUCAGAGAACAAGAUUGGUUCCAAAUUGCUUUUGCCUCACAUCUUGUUCAUCGGUCAAUUCUUCCUCUGAUUCCAGGAUAGUGAACUGCACUUCUUGGGGACGGACACACACAAGAAGAAGAGGAAGCACCCCUCUGAUGAUCGCCACUAUGGAGGAGAGUGGUUCUUGUUCUGAGUGCCGAUAAACCAGAGUGAAGGAGGAGAGAGGUGGAGGGCUGGUAUUUUGGAGGAUUCAGCAUAGAAGAACAGUCUUCAUUUGUGAUACACCAGAUAUUUCAUCUUUGGAAUCGUCACAGAAGAAAAAGAAAAAGUCCAGCCCACAGUCUGCCGAUACAGCAAUGGACCUGUUGAAAGCUAUCACUUCCCCACUGGCAACAGGCUCCAAGCCCUCCAAAAAGACAGGGGAGAAGUCCUCUAGUUCCUCAAGUCAUUCAGAGAGUAAAAAGGAACACCACAGGAAGAAAGUAAGUGGCAGUAGUGGGGAACUAUCCCUGGAGGAUGGUUCUCACAAAUCAAAAAAAAUGAAACCGCUCUAUGUGAACACAGAGACGCUGACCCUUCGUGAGCCUGAUGGUUUAAAGAUGAAACUUAUCCUCUCACCAAAGGAGAAGGGAAGCAGCUCAGUUGAUGAGGAGUCUUUGCAGUACCCCUCUCAACAAGCGACUGUGAAAAAAUCCUCUAAGAAAUCGGCUCGGGAUGAGCAAGGUGCUUUACUCCUAGGACACGAGUUACAGAGCUUUCUGAAAACAGCCCGGAAGAAGCAUAAGUCAUCCUCAGACCCACACUCAUCUCCUGGCCCUGAAGGCUGUGGGUCUGAUGCCUCCCAAUUCCCAGAAUCCCACAGUGCUAACCUUGACCUUUCAGGGCUUGAACCUAUUCUAGUAGAAUCAGACUCGUCCUCUGGUGGGGAGCUAGAGGCUGGGGAGCUAGUGAUAGAUGAUUCUUACCGAGAAAUCAAGAAGAAAAAGAAAUCAAAGAAGAGCAAAAAAAAGAAGGACAAGGAGAAGCACAAAGAGAAGAGACACUCCAAGUCCAAGAGAAGUUCGGGACUUCCUGCUGCAGCAGUGGGAGAGGUCACAGUGCCCCCUGGCCCCCCUCCCAGCCUCCCCUACGCUGGAGCGGCAGCCCCCCUCCCACCACUUCCUGGCCUCCACACAGAUGGGCAUAGUGAGAAGAAAAAGAAAAAAGAGGAGAAGGACAAAGAGAGAGAGAGAGGAGAAAAGCCAAAAAAGAAGAACAUGUCAGCCUACCAGGUGUUCUGUAAAGAGUAUCGUGUAACCAUUGUGGCUGACCAUCCAGGUAUAGAUUUUGGGGAACUUAGUAAAAAACUGGCUGAGGUAUGGAAGCAAUUGCCAGAAAAGGACAAACUGAUUUGGAAGCAGAAAGCUCAGUAUCUGCAACACAAACAGAACAAAGCAGAAGCUACAACUGUAAAAAGAAAAGCAUCCAGCUCAGAAGGUUCCGUGAAAGUAAAAGCUUCCUCUGCAGGAGUACUGUCACCCCAAAAGAAAUCUCCACCCACCGCCAUGCUGUUACCAGCCUCGCCAGCCAAAGCCCCUGAGACAGAACCCAUUGAUGUUGCUGCUCAUCUGCAGCUGCUGGGGGAAUCCCUAAGCCUCAUUGGACACCGCCUGCAGGAGACCGAGGGCAUGGUGGCAGUAUCUGGCAGUUUGUCUGUGCUUCUGGAUUCCAUUAUCUGUGCACUUGGCCCCUUGGCGUGUCUGACCACACAACUACCUGAAUUGAAUGGCUGUCCCAAACAGGUCUUGUCUAACACCCUAGAUAACAUUGCUUACAUCAUGCCUGGACUGUGACAGCAAAGAAUCCUGGGACAGAAUCCUACCCCACUGCUGGUUUGUGUAUAUAAUGUGACUGUUCCAGAUCCCUGUACUGGCCUCUGGGUAUAGGUUUUAAAUUUUUAUAUAUAUNUAUAUAUAAUGUACAAUGUAUACAUAGGACUGUAACUACUUUGCUUUUAAUAAUUUUAUGAAAUGGCAAUGAUUUAGCCAAGAGGAAACCUUGGCAUGAAUAUGGGCUUGGGAUUCUUUUCUCUCCUGUGGUGGGUAAAUCUGCCUUAAAAAUCAAUGUAACUUGGGGGCUGGAGGCUUGUUCUGGGUGCCAAAUGCAUCUCUUUAUGGACAGCUAAAACAUGAUUCUUUUUCCAGGCUCAGUUGUACCUCCAGACCCAUCACUGACCAUUUGCCUUACCUGUCUUACAGUCUGAAAUGUAAUAGGGAGGAUUAUGGGCAGAUGCCAGUUGGCUGAAGGUACAAAGCCUUUCGACUUGAAGUGACCUAGGUGGGAGGUGAUAAAAUCAUUCCCAUCUUAGAGUUAUUGUGAUGGCAUAGGUGAGCUUAGUAGGGGGUCCAUUCCAAUUCUUGCUAUACAGGUGUCCAUGUCUCAAAAUUUAUUGUAAUAAUUGGUAGCCAUUAGCAGCCACAGUAGGGGGCCAAGGACUAAUGUGAGCCCUGACAGCACUGAACAUCUUGGAGUGGGUAAAGCAGUUAAUGCCACCAGUUGAACUGCAUAUGUUGUGAGCUGAUCCAGAAUGUUUGGUCUGCAGAGCUAAUUGCUGGUAUCUUCCGUUGGCAACAUUAGCUCAGCCACUGAGUCCUCACAGGGUUUGCUAUUUAGUUGCUUGGUGGUUGAGUAAGAUGAUGAGCUUUGCCCUGCGUGAUUCUUGAGUUUAUCUAGUUGGCUCUCCUGGUGGGCACAUGCACAGCAUUCUGCAUUCCACACAUAAAUGAAUUUUAAAAAAAGUACUUGAUUCUCAUGUAGGUUUAUUUAUGUGCACGUGUGAAUGUGUGUUUUAAUUAUGUAUAUUUAACUCUUCAAAAUCUCUUUGAUUUUAAUUUAUCCUGUAAAUUUCUGUAUAUAUAAUUUAAUAACAAAAGCCUCCACCAGCAACAGCAUGUGGAAGAUAGAGAUUUGUCAUUUCCUCCAUCCUCUGGUCUCCUCUGAAAACUACAAAUCAUCUGCAUAUUAAGGUAUCAUGCCUCAAGAAGGAAUCAUUAUGUUGGGAUUUUAAUUCUUUAAAAUUCAAUAAUGUCAAAAAAGUAAAAUAAAAAGGAAUGUUACUAUUCCCAGCUGCCCUUAUUUCCAAAACCAGACUUUCUCUUCCCAGUUCCAGUGAAGACAGUUGAACACUUGAGGGUUGGUUUUAAACUUGGUGUGAGAUUCCUGACAAAACCGAGCUCUAAGGUAACUGCUAUCUUGCCCUGGCCUAGAAGAAGCGCUGCAGCAUCAGGGACACCUCUGAGGACAGUGCAGCCAGCCCGCUUCCUGUUUGAGGCCUGCCUUCUCCCCACCGGUGUGUUCGCAGGGCUUUGUUCCUUAAAGGUAUUCUGGCUGCUGAAUGCCCUUCUCAGUCCAGAGCAGUUUUGGGAUUUAGCUGGGGAAACAGAAGGAGACAGGAAUAUUUGGGAACCAAAGUCAAGAUGAACAGAAAGCGUGUUUUGAUUUCAUGUGUUAGAACCUAUACUGUGCCUCAUCGCUACCCAUGCAAGUUUCCUGUUUGACACAGGUUAUCGAGUAGGGGCCUUGACGACAUGGAUUGGUACAGAAAGAAGUCAGUCCUACCAUUGUCAUUGUACACAUUAAUGUAAUCCUGAUGAGGACCUGCUUUUUUGUUUGUUUUCCUUUAAAAUCCAACCCUAUUGUCUUUGUAUUUAAAAUUUGUACACAUUUGUAUAAUAAUCUGUACCUUGUGGUAUUUGGUACUAUUAGAGGAAAAACUUUGGAUUCAGACCUUCUUGCAGUUUUUAUAUCAUUGUUUUAUUUUGUUUUUUAAAUAAAUUCUAGCAGUUUGAUCCAAAUCCCAUUACAGUUGUAUAAAGAAAUAAAAUUUUGUACUUCUAUUAUUAAAAAUCACAUUUUUAAUAUUUGUAGU